GCCAGAUGCGGAUUUCGGUUCUGGAGCUCCGUCGACCAGGUCCAGGAACUGCGGUGCCCCUCGUAGGCUACUGCGGUGCUGCUCCCACUUGCCAUCUUUACGACAUUCCCGUGCACGGCCACAUCUCGCAAUUCUCUCUCUGGAGGGAAUGUCUGACGCUGCCUGAUCCAAGUGCGCACCGAUUUGUGAGGAGCCAAUUGCAGAUGCACCUCAGAUUUGAGGUUGUUUGGAGAAGCGGUGUCCACGGUAGGAUCGAAUCUUCUCGAAGCACUAGUUCUCGUGGUGUGUUGUGGAAACACUCUUUUUCUAUCGAGCUGCGGCCAAUUGUUUGUGAAUUUUGAUCGAUCUGUCCGAGCUACGCAUCAGGAGGGUGGAGUGUCUUGGUACUUAAACCCAUGGGGCUUGUGUGAUGGACUGCAGUUUCUCUUUUCUGCUUACGAGGACUGUGCCUCGAAGUUUAACCUCCCAAACGACGUGCCAAGAUAUCCGUCAAGAUAUUUGUCGUAGGUAAACAUCUCCGCAGAAUAAUGAUGCGAACUGCGCAAUCAGAAUCAUGACAUUCCAGUGAGGCGUAGACGUUCUUGUUAUGAACUUGUUAGGAAAUGCUUAUCUACCUUUUUUGGCGACAGUUCAUGUGUCCUCCUC